AUGAGUGAAGAAAAAGGUCCGAAUUGGCAGUUUGUCAAGAUGGACACGACAGCAGAACUCAACGAUUCGAUUAUUUCUACCGCAGAGCGGGAAUACGUAUUUCCAGAUUUCAAGGACUCGAGAUGGGAAAGAACCCAAGAUACAGAAGGAGAAGCCUCCCACUUUGAAGUUGAGCGCAUAAAACAACUACAAGACGAACGGGAAGCCGUCCAAGGUCGAACCUUCACGAAAUGGGUCAACUCGCAGCUUUCUCGCCAUCCCCAAGGCGUCAAGAUCGACAAUCUUUACAGAGACCUGUACGACGGAAAGAAUCUGAUCCGGCUUCUCCACGUGCUUUCUGGCGAGCAUCUCAAAAUUCCAAACACAAGAGGGCGCAUGCGAAUUCACGCGAUGGAGAACGUUCAAAGAGCUAUUGACUUUCUGAGGGAGAAACAAGUGCCCAUGGAGAAUAUUGGAAAUCACGAUAUUGUGGACGGAAAUCAUAGGAUCAUUUUGGGACUCAUUUGGACCAUCAUUCUUCGUUUCCAGAUCCAAGACAUUGUCAUCGAUACCGAGGAUUCCAAAGAGAGGAGGAGCGCCAAGGAUGCCUUGCUACUCUGGUCUCAAAUGAAGACAAAGGGCUAUCCGAAUGUGCAAGUCAAGAAUUUCACGAAGUCGUGGAAAGAUGGCCUUGCUCUCAAUGCAAUUAUUCACAGACAUAGACCGGACUUGAUCGAUUUCAACAGUCUACCAACUGAUGGCUCCGUGGCAAGCAACACUGCAAACUUGGAGAAUGCGUUCAAACAAGCGGAAUAUUUAGGAAUUACCCGUCUCCUAGAGCCGGAAGACGUCGCAGUCGAGAAUCCUGACGAAAAGUCCAUCAUCACUUACGUUGUCUCAUACUAUCACUAUUUUAACGAGCACGCGCAGAAAGAAAUCGAGUCUAACAGAAUCGGGACGAUUCUUGAUGCCGCUCUCGCUGCCGAAGCAAAGAUCAACAACUACGAUGAGCUGGUUACUAACUUGCUUAAAUGGAUCGAGGAGAAGAUUGAAGAGCUCAAUGAUCGAACCUUUGCAAAUUCAAUCGAUGGAGUCAAGAAAGACUUGGCUGAGUUCAACGCUUACCGACUCCAGGAGAAACCUCCGAAAUUCGACGAAAAGGGGGCGAUAGAAGUGCUGCUUUUCGACAUUCAAUCCCAAAUGCGCGCCGAUAACCGCGUUCCCUGGACCCCAGCUGAGGGCAAACUCAUUGCAGAUGUGCAGAAGCGAUGGGACGAGUUAGAACUCGCCGAGCAUGCACGUGAGCUCGCCAUCCACGAGGAACUUAAAAGACAGGAGCGGCUAGAGCAGCUGGCCGAGAAUUUCUUCACCAAAGCUCAGAUGCGCGAGGAGUGGCUCAAGGAUGUCAGAGGUCUACUGGAGAAAGACAAUUUUGGAAACAAUUUGGACGCGGUAGAAGCUGCUCAGAAAAAACACGAGGCUAUCGAAAUGGACUUUGCCGCCUACCAACAGCGGAUUAACUCGAUGGAGGAAAAAGCAGACGAGCUUGAGAAGGAGAACUACCAUGACAUUGCAAAGAUUCUGACCAAAAAAGAAGAAAUCACCCACUUGUGGAAAACAUUACAGACCGAUCUCGCUGCAAGACGACACAGGCUCAAUCGAAUUUUGGAGCUCCAACGAAUCCUACAGACGAUCCUUCUCAUUUCAGAUGCAAUUGGCGAGACAAAAUCAAUCCUCUCCGACCACGUGGAUUCUGCUCUACUUGAAGAGGCUAUUUCAAGGCACGCACUUCUUGAAAAGGACAUUGAGAUGUUGGGCUGUAGGAAAGAGAAAUGCACGCUCGAAGCUGUCGGCUAUCUCGAGGAGGACGAGGAGAGCUACACCCCGAAAGAAGCCGCCGAUCUUCGCCCUAAAGUCGAGCAACUCAAGGCCGAAUACGAUGAGCUCAUCGAACUGGCGAGAGCAAAGAGCGAGACGCUCAAAGCUAAGCAAACGCUCCAUGAACUCCAACAGGAUCUCAGUGAAAUGGACCAGUGGAUUAUUACUAAGCUCGAGCUUCUCAAAAGGAUCUGCGAAGAUAAGCCCGAGGAUCUUACUGAGGUUCAACGCGCGCUCGCGGCGCAUCAACUUGAACAAGGCGAGGUUUCUGUGCGAAAGACGAAACUGGCUCUUUUGGCCGAGCGGGCCCGAAAAGCCGAGCAGCACACGGAGAUCGAGCAGAAAUGGAGCGAGCUGAGCGAAAUGAUGAGCGCUCGGGCGGAAGUUCUCGAAAAAGAGCGGGAGCGACUUCAGCAUCAGCAGAAACAUGCAGAGUUCGUUGCGCUUCUUGGCGAGAUCAAGUCGCGAAUCGAGCAUUCUACCAAACCAACUGACGAUGCAGAAGUUCAACGACAGAUCAAGGCGAUGAAAGCAAUCAAGGAUCAACUCGUUGACAUUAAAAAGCCACUUGAUGAGUUGCAAGCCGAAGCGGAGAACUUCGAAGAAGCUGAUGUCAGUUCUAGCAUCAAUGAACAUUCUGCACUUGUCGAUACUGUUGAUGAGAAGCUCGUGUAUCUUGACAAGAUUUCUGACGCGUAUGAUUUCUUGAACGAAUGCGAAGAAGAGGUCCAGUGGUGCCACGAAAAAGCAACGCUUCUUGAGAACUUGAGUGUUCCAGAUGAUCUCGAGGAAAUUUCCGUUAUCAAAACGCGAUUCGACGGUAUCCGAGAAGACGUUGACAAGCGCGCGCAAGUCGUCGAUCAACUCGCUUCCCGAGGAGAUGAGCUCAAUCAAGGAGGAUCCGAUGCUCCGCCAGAAUUGCUCGACGGCGCUGUAGGUCGAGUCAAAGAGGCCUGGAAGGCGCUGCAGGACGCUCUGAAAGCGAAGGAUGAUGAAUUUGUUCACGGUGAGACGCUUCAGAAGUUCUACCUGGAUGUUGCGCAGACGGAAAUGCGAAUCGGGGAGAAAGCUCAAAUCAUCGAAAACACCAAGGAUACCGGAGACACCCUCGCUGGCGUACUUCAACUACAACGCAAACUGGCGACAAUGGAGCGCGAAGUAGCCGCCGUCGGAACAACCAUCGCUUAUCUCAAAGCCCAGCAGCAAAACAUCGCGGACAACUACCCCGAGGAUGCUGAAGAAACAAGCGAACGGCUACAGCAGGUGAAGCAGAAAUUUGACGAACUCAACGAUGCUGUCAAACGAAGAGAGGAAAAACUUGGUCAAGCAGGACAUGUUCAGACUUUUAUGAGAGAUGUCGCGGAGUUUCAGCAAUGGCUUGAGAAAACGACAUCCGCGAUUGCUUCUGAAGGACAUGCCAGCUCGCUAGCGGACGCAGAACGACUACUUGCGCAGCAUGAACUCUUGCAAGAGGAAAUUGAGGCCGCCAAGCCACGCUACGAAAACCUCAAGUCCGAGGGAGUCAAACAGCUUGAACAGGCAGAGUCCGUAUUUCUGACCGAACAACUCGAUCAAAUGGACGAUAGCUGGUCUAAGCUCCAAGCAUUGUCACAGAGCCGCGAAGCAGCGUUGAAAGACGAGCUCCAAGAGCUCAAAUUCAAUUCUGACUGCGCCGUGGUCGAGCAGCUUCUGGCUAAUCACGAAGUGCAGUUGCAGAGCGUCAAUCUUCCGGAAGAUCCCGUCGAGGCCGAAGAGGCUAUCGCCAAACAUCAAGAGAACCAGAAAGUCUUAGCUGGGACAAAAGAGCGUGUUGAAACGAUCAAAAACGCGUCGGACGAUUUCGCCGAUAAAGAAGAUGUCAAGAGGCGAGUCGAGAAGCUAGAAAGCCAAUACGACAAGUUGGUCGAGCAAAGCGAAAAAGUCGAGGCCGAACUGCGAGAAUGUCACGAUGUGUCAUCCUUCUUGCGCGACGCUACCGAGGCGUCUGACUGGAUAAAGGAAAAGAAACUCGAUUUGGAUAGCACGGCAUCACACCACGACGAGUGGCAAAAGGGAUUGACGCGUGCUCUUUCCGCCGAGCUUGCGGCUAAUCAAAAUCGUUUGGAUCAACUGCGUGUACGUGGCAAUGAUUUGAAAGAGCAAUACCCCUCCCGGCGCAAAUCAAUCGACGAAGUCCUCGACGCUCUGACGCUAGAAUGGUCUCAAGUCGACGAUCAAUCCAACGAGAAAGAAAAAGAGCUCUUCGAAGAGCACAAGAACGAAAUUUUAGAAAAGUCUGCUGCCGACCUUGAACGGUUCGUGAAUGAAGUCGAGUCGAAAUUGGAGAAGUCGGUGGAAAUGGAAGACCCCAAAGAUCUCGCUUCCUGUAACAGAUUACUCCUGGACCAGCAACGCCUAGAGGAUCAACUCGACAACAGGAGGCAGGAGCUCAAUGACAUCAAGGCUGAUGCUGGCUCUGGAAUGCAAGAAAAGAUCGACCAGAUCUCCGAGCGCAUCAAUCUCCUCGCCGAGCCACUUGCUGACAGACGAGAGCGAAUCCAAACAGCAAAGACCUUCCAUCAGCUCAGAAGAAAUCUGCAAGACGAAAUCAUCUGGUGCGACGAAAGAACUCAGGUUGCGCAAAGUGCCGAGUUCGGCGAGAGCCUCCACCAGGUCCAGAAAAUCGUGAAACGCAAUCAGAAUCUGCUGCUAGAAAUUGAUUCUCACGAUGGACGGGUAAAAUCGCUUUUGGAUGAAGCUUCCAAAUUGUCUGAAAAGGCAGAAACAACUGCUGAGCAAAAGGAUAUUCUCUCUGACUUGUCUAAGGAGCUUGAAGAAAAGUGGAACGCGUUGAGGGCAGCUACGGAUGAACGGUCGAAAAAGCUCGAUGCCAAUAUGGCCCUGCAACGCCUCCUUUUCGACAUCGAAAACGCAGAGCAGUGGCUUACUGAGCGCGAAUUGAUCGUUGAGCAGCCCCUCAAGGAGGACUCGGAUCCAGAAGCUCUCAUGCGUCGUCACAUUGGACUCGCUCAAACUGUCAACGAUUUUGAAUCGACGAUCGUUGAGCUCGUCAAGCGUGGGAAGGAACUUGAAGAGGCGCAGGCGACCGAACAGCUUUCGGCGCUGGAAAAGCAAUUUGCCAAGUUGAAGGCACUUGUUGGCGACAGAAACCAUAAGAUCGACGAGCUCGUCAAACUCACGAAGCUGAGGAGGCAUUUGGACACGGUCGAGAGGUGGAUCAAGGAGAAGGAGAUCAUCGCAAGCAACGAAGAUACGGGCGAUAAGCUAGAAAGUACGUUGAUCCUUAUCGAGCGCUGGGAGAGCUUUACGUCGGAAACAAAACGAGUUGGCGGCGAUAAAAUGCGAGAAGUUCAAGCUGAAGUGGAUACCCUUAUUGAAGCUGCCCAUUCAGACGCCUUCAAGAUUGAGAGCUGGAGGAAAAAUGUGAACAACAUGUGGGACGAUCUCGUAGAACUCAUGGAGACAAGACGACAAUUGCUCGAGACGACCUUGAGGAGGCAUCGAUACUUUGCUGAUGCUGAUGAACUCGGAAGUAGAUUUGCGGAGAAGAGAGAAGCAGCCGAAAAUGCAAAGGAUAUUGGUGGAAUUGUCAAUGAGAUUCAAUCGCUAGAACCUAAGAUCAACAAGCUGGAAGAAGAAUGCCAGUCGCUGGAGCCGAUCUACGCUGGCGCCCAGCGAGAAGCCUUGACGAAAAAACUCUCCGAUGUAAAAUCCGACUACGACGAAACUGUAAAAGCAGCGAAAACGAAACAAGCGGAGAAGGAGACGAAUGAGAACAAGGAAAAAUUCGACGCCUUGGUCGGUGAACUUUCCGCAAUGCUGCGCGAAAUAGCGAAGAGCCUGACCGAAGCUGAUAUCCCAAGGGACACUGCUGCGGCUGAAAAGGCACUUGGUAAAGCCGAAAACUGCAGAAAUCAACUGAAUGCGAGAUCGAAAGAUUUCGACGAUGUAAAACGGCUUGCCUCAACUCUUGAUGACGAUGAGUCGAAAGAAGCUCUGGCGAAACUUCUACGCGAUAAAGAUGGACUUGAAGCAUUUUUAGACGACCAAGAGACGCGACUCAAUAUUGCUUGCGAUAUGCUCGGAUUCUUGCGCGAUGCAGACACGCUGGAGAGCUGGUUGAAGAGUCAAAAAGUAGCGGAAUCGUCGCCAGAUGUCUCAAUUGAAAUUUGUCAAAAGCUUUUGGAAGAGACCGACCGAAAAGUGGGCCAGGCGAAGACUUGGGAGUCAAAGAUCGACCUGUUGAAAAAGCCGACCAUGUUCGAGGAGGGAAACGCUGAUGCCGUUCGAAAAGCAGAGGAAGAGGCGCUGCGUAAGAAGGAACGAGAAGAGGCCGAAAAACUCGCGGAGAAAGCUAAGCAGGAAGAGCAAGCCGCACAAGAGCAGCAAUCAAGGCAGGAAGAAGUUGAGCACGAGCGUGAAAUUGUUCCGAGCCAAUCUGUUCCGUCUGAAGUUUCGAACGUUCAAAACGGACACGAUCUACCUGACAGCGUAAAAACGAAUGGAAUGAGCCAAAACUCCGAAGAACUAAACCAGUCGAUUUCCUCGAAGCACGAGUCCUCGAUAUCUGAAUCAACAAAAGAACCUCAAUCAGCGACUCUCUCUACUCCAACAAAACUGAAGACAGGCGCUCUUUCGAGAAAAUUCGUUGUCAUCAAUGGCAAAUCCGCCAAAGACAGAACGUGGAAGGACACCUGGAUUUCGAUACACGAUGACAAAGUGGCCUUCUACAAAGAUAAAAAAUCGGCGGACUCGAAUAAAAACCCUGAUCCUGCGUUCCCGAAAGCUCAAGUGAAAGUGAUGCGGGAGCAGCACCACAAGCGCGAGUUUGUCCUCAAGGUCACCUGCAAGAACACAGAAUUGCUGUUGGACACUGGCGACAAGGCUAAAAUGGAGCAGUGGUUCGUCUCGUUAGGCGGAGAUCCCGAGAACUCAUCCCUCUGGAGCGCAAUAACCGACAACGCUGCAGCAUCACCAUCCCCGUCCCGCUCAAGCAAGAGUAAAAAACGCAGCCUUUUCGGCCGGAAAAAGUAA